AAUGUAUUUAUCGUCGCCUUAUAGGUGACACAUAUCGUAUUGUUGGUUGAAUAAAACGUGAUUGUUUUAGAUAUAAUGAUAGUGUUUUUGUGUAUUUUUGUGUUUAUUAUUACCAACGUGACCGGUUACCAAAAUAAUGACGGAAAGACGAAGAUAAUCAUAGAUAACGAUGCUGGCGGAGACGAUGCAAUGGCUAUAUUUCUUGCUUUAUUAUACGAAAAACAUUUUGAUGGGCCUACAUUGAUUGGUCUCACAACCGGUAAUGGUAAUACCAUUGAAGACAACGUAUGCAUAAAUAAUCAAAGAAUUCUUAAAGUCGCCAAUAGACAAGACGUCCCUUUAUAUAGGGGAUCUAAGUCUUCACUGGUGAUAACUCCAACCACCACAAAUUAUUAUGGCAAAGAUGGCUUAGGAGAUAGUGGUUUAUACUAUAACGAUUUGGAGCCAGCCAAAGAACAAAGUGCAGUCUCAGCCUUAAUUGAACUUUCAAAGAAGUAUGAAGGAAGUUUAACGGUUAUAACAUUAGGAUCUCUAACAAACGUUGCCUUGGCGAUGAAAUUAGAUCCUGGGUUUCUAAACAGACUUCAACAGCUAUACGUGGCGGCUGGACAUAUACAUAGUGAUGAAAUUCCAUUGCCCGAAUUUAAUGCGCUCACGGACGUUGAGGCAUAUCAAGUUGUAACUCAAAACGCAACUCCAGAUAAAUUGACAAUCAUUCCAUACUCCCAAGUAAUGAGAUGUUUGAAUUUCUCUCGGGCUUGGCGACAAGAAGUUUUAGGAGCUAUAGACACAGAAGUAAUGAUAGCACAAAAUUUGUUUGAAAAAGUAUCUGUGCGGAAGAACGAACGUUGGCAAGCCCUCGACCCGGCAGCUGUUGCGGUUGCAUUGAAACCUGACUUAGUUAAAGAAUAUAAGUAUUCGAAGAACGGUAUUAAAACUUGCGGUGACCAACGAGGCAUCAAUACAAAUGAAUUUGUUUCUAUGCAAGAUGCAAAUGUUAGGGUAAUUUAUUCCGUCCAUGAAGAAGAAUAUACGCAAUUUUUGUUAAAUGUACUUUCAAAACAUGCAUGACGAAUAAAAUCCACAUUUACAACUACUUUGCUUUGAAACAACGCCAUCUACAAAUUUGCAUAGGAACUACAUUAUAAAAGCCAUCUAGUAGAGAUUCUAAGAACAAUUCGGUCUUUAGUGCUUGCAAGUUUAUAUACGUAGAUUUAAUUAUUUUGAGUUGUAAUAAAUUUAAUGUAUAUUCAAAGAUGGCGCUACAGCAAAAACACCUAAAACUAAUAUUUCAAGCGUCAAUGAUCUACGACGACGCCACCAGGGCGGCGCCAAAUAAAAAAAUUAAUUUGUUCGAAAAUUGGUAAUGUUUAUUUCUGUAUUAUUAGUUAUAUUUUAUAUUAAUUAGAUUAAAAAUAAAUAAACCAAACCUAUCCAUAUUAAUAAAUUUAGAAAAUUAAAAAAAAGAGAAAAUGUGCAGAAAAUUAAAGAGUAAUCCACUAAGAUGAUAAACUUUUAUCUUAAACUAACUUCUUAAUUAAAUUACAUUUUGUAACAUAAAACUACACCUCUGUGUGUCAACUAGCGACAUCUGGUGAGCGGAAGAUUAUUUGCCACACUGACCUGUACCUAUAUGUACCUGUACCCACGUACGUGCCCUCAUUAAUGUUAAUACAAAAGCAGGUAAAAUAAUGUCAAGUAAAAAUUGUACAAUUAUUCCUUAACCUUCAUUGUUUAAUAUCAUACUUUUUAAGAAUAUAUUUUUAAUU